AUGUUGGAGGAUUUGAGCAGCUUCCCACAGCUCACUACGAUGUUGGCUUUCGAGGCAAAAAUGAGGAAGAAAAAUAUGAAAGGAAACAUAAACAAUAGGAGGAAGAAGCAGCAAAUGAUUGAAUCUGUAAGUCCAAAUGCAAUGGUGGAAGAAACUAGUAGGAUAACAAAAGUGUUGGAAACAAAACCAGCUAUGGUGUCUGAGAAUGAUGGGUCCCAGAGGCCCCCAACUGAUACUGUGGAGGAAGAGAAACAUAUGGAUUCAAAUACAGAUGCAAAAAUAAAGAUAUCGUUGGAAAUGCAACUGGUUAAGAGAAAUGACAAUAUGGUGCUACGGAAGCUUCUCCGGGAUCCAAGAUAUUUUCAUUCCCCAGAAAGCAGUUGGGGGAUGUGCUACAAUUGUGGUGAAGAUGAUCACACAGAAGCAAACUGUACUCUGAGAAAACGGAAGAAACCAUGCUAUAUAUGUGGUGGUUUUAAGCACAAUGCAAAGCGCUGCAAGCAGUAUGAACCACAUAUCUACAAUCGAAAAGGUUGCCUCACCAAAGUUUUUCCAGAGAAAGAUGCAGCAAAGGAUCAAAGUUUAGAUAUCUAUUUAAGAUGUGGCGAUUCAGGACACAAUAUGUUCUCAUGCAACAACAAUGAGUAUAGUUCCGAUGAUCUCAGGGUAGUGCAGCCCAAGGAAGUCUCAACGAGGACCUUCAUAUGUGUAGAAGCCCGUGACGCAGUCCUACAAUUCCUUGAGAAGUUGAAGAAGAAUGGGUAUGAGGUCCUUUACAUGGUCGAUUCCAUUGAUGAGUAUGCAGUGGGACAGUUGUAG